CACUAUCCUAGCCUGUCACGACACGCUAUGGCGUUGUAUGAGUGGAGCGCGCUCUCGCGAGCUUGGUUGAUUGGUGAUUGAUUAUGAUUGAGUAUGAUCGAUUGAAGGGAUUUGAUUGGCUGACGAGAACCAUUCCCUUGGGGGCUGGAUCACCGAACAGGGACGCUCACCACCGAAACACGGCCCCACCUAGGGAGAGAGACAGAAAACAAAUUGUGUGGUGUUUAUUUGUUGUGCGAGCGACGAGACUCGUUCAGGGGAAAACGUUACGUUUGGCUGGCGAUUCAAUGGUGUUACCGCGGAAUUGAACAGUUUUGCCGCAAUGUUUUAAUAUUUCCUGUUGUUAGGGUGUAUGUUUAAUACACGAGGGAUAGCUAUUUCCUGGUGUAUGUAACAAAAUAUACCUAUACGGGCAGAGCGGCAACAUCAAAGUGUAGUGAAUAUUUCGUGUCAGUAGGUACAAAGAGGGGCCUCCGACGGGGUAUCUAAAACCAACCACAACCGGAGGAUGGAAAAUACGGCGAUUAACCUUGAAGCUCUGGAGAGAACAGCAGCAUGGGUACAGCAGGUGUCCCAAAUGAAAGGACAGGCGAUGGAGGAGGAUCCUCUGCCCCCAGACAGUGGUUUGGAGGAAACAGACAGUGGAGAUGGAGAACCACUCAGUCAAUUCCAUAAUAUCUACCAGCAACUACAGGACCAGUUCAACACCUCCUCAGGGAGUGAAGUUGAUAUACCAAGCACAGUUAAAGAAUUCAAAGACGUUUUGGAGAAGUUUGGGAUCUCACAAAGGUUUGCGGCCAAGAAUAUUAUGGAGAAGACAAGUCAGGGAAACCUGAGUUUUCUGUUAGACAAGGGUCGCAACAAACAAUGGCACGAACUGAGCCCACGUGGCCGCGUGCCGUACGUACGCAUGCGACGGUGGCUGGAUAGUACGGAUGAACAGAAACACACCAUGUCUCUCCUACAAAAAACUAAGGAAUAUAAGAAGACUGGCCCCAAGGAUGGAUUUGGUCGCCGGGAAAAGUUCACCGUUUUCCAGUUGAUGGUGCUUUGCAGAUUCUUCGAGGAGGACCCAAAUCCAAACCUGUCGACCCGGGCGCUACUGGCCGAGAAACUUGGUGCCCCAGUCGACAGAAUCACAAUCUGGUUUCAAAAUCAGCGUGCAAGAGGAUUCCCAGCCAAGAAAAUGCUCAGCCAAUCAAAUUUCUCGCGAAAAGCACCUGGUGCUAUGGAUGCUGUUACCUCAUCUACCAGUAGAACUGAUGCUAGUUUACCCGCGGCAAACUUUCUGCCUAGUCACAGCUCGCCGUUCAAUCUCUCAACUCACAUAUUACAAAAUAUGUCACAUCUACCUCCAAGUAUACAUGGUCAAAAUACCGCUAGUCUUUCAUCCUCUGACCUCUCGGACUCAUUCCGCGGUCAGUCAAUGCAGAUGGCUGCCCAUCUGAACAGUAAGCCCUAUGUAAAUCGACUUGUACCAGCUCAUCUACAAGGUCAAGGUCAUUUAAAUGGUCAAAGUUAUUCGUCACGAGGGCAAAGUCAUUUGCCAGACAGUACAAUGAUGGAAACGCCUCCGAACUCGGAGGUAAAACAAAACUCAAUCAAGACGGAAUUUCAGCAGAAGUGUGAAAUAAGUGAUGAACCUAUAGAGAGUAACCAUGGAGACCAACCUCUUAAUUUCAGUACAAACAAUAAUACCACCACGUAAUGUGUGUUUUGUGUAUGAGAAUCUCAAUUCAGUAAAGCCUACUUAAGUUAGACCCUAUCCUCGAAAUUACAGAGGUUAUGCUCACUUGUGUUCUUACAACCCUGGGCCCGAGGUCAUGGAACGAUUUAAGUUUUAAAAUUGUCUAAUGUUUUGACUGAACCAAUGAAAAAUAAUUUAUUGAAAGUGACGUCUUACAUGAUUGGCUAAGUGACGUCUUAUGUGAUUGGCUAAGUGACGUCUUACGUGAUCGGCUAAACAAAAUCUUAAGUCUAUUGUUGCAUGAUCUUGGGGCCAGGAAUUACGUCAUGACGAAAUCAAUGCCACGAGGUUAGCUAUUUGAUUGAUUUCAGGUAACAAAACUUGACCAAUCGCUAGACUGAUACUUGUCCUUUGAUAAUUGAAGAUAACAGAGGAUCAACACCUGACUACAACACCAGUCCAUUUUACCACUACACUGCCUCACAACUCUCUUGAUGUACAUCAAUUUAUCGAACUAGUCUGCUUAUACUUACACGAAGGGACAUAUAGAGAGCCUUAAAUUUGCCAUGACAUAUUUCAGGGGUGCAGAGAAUGUAACGCAGUAUAACCCCUGACAUUUUAAGGAUGAUUUGUCCAAGACCCCAGUUUCAUUAAUGUGUGUAUUCUUACUUUUUUUCUAUGGGGAAGCUUCAUAGUUAUUGUGAAUAACUUAAACUUGACAAAAAAAUGGGAUGUGAUACAACCUUUUCAUUUUCUAAUGUUCAAAGUGAAAAUUAUUAAUUUUAAUACUCAUUAUUACCACUUUCCCUGAGGAUAAGGAUUGCAAGACAUAUUGUGUCCCUGAAAUUCAGCUCUGUAUAACAUAAAACAAUCGCGGCUAUGGUUUUUUUUCGCAGAUGCAAAUGUUUUUUUCAUGCCAUGGUUGGCUGGUAUGUGUGAAAUUGAAUCAAUGAGGCAAGCUAUGGAUUUGCUGUACUAAUACAAUUUGUUGGUGACUCAUUUAAAAUGUGUUUGUUAAGGAUCCUUGUGCCAGCUCCAAAACCUGUAACUUCGAAGUGAAAACCUUAUUACCUGCUCUAGUAAAUUGUUUCUGAACACACACUCAUACCUUGCAGAAUAUUUAUGAAGAAAUAACCAAUGAAGAUGAAAUCAACAAAAAAGAAAUUUCAAGAGUGUUCUGAAAGUAUGGCCAGACUGGAAUUCAAAUUCCGAAAAUCUCAUCACAUUAUGCGGUGCCUCUAACCAAAUGAGCUACAAAAUCAGCAGUUGUUCAGUGGGCCCCUUUCCCACAUCUGGUUUAACCGUUUUUUUUUCUGUUUUUUAAUGUUACAUUUUCGGGUAGAAGUCCUGGCGGACCUGCAAAUGUUUAUGCAGGCCUUGCUAGGCUGCUGAAGUUUUGGAAUUGGCAGGAAACGCCGCCAGAGACUACUUUCAGGCGAGCCUUCAGGUGAAGGCUCGCCUGAAAGUAGAAUCAGAUUACUAGGUCCGACCUUAUUUCAUAAACAAACAAUUCUGGUCCAACCAGUUCAACCGUUUUGAUCGCGAUAAAUGAAUUGGGCCCUGGUCAACUCCACUUAAAUUAUGUCCAAAAUGAAAUUAAGGGGAAGUUACUAUAUGUACCUACAGGGAAGUUAUCUAUUCUUUUUCUUGCUGUUGGACAAGGAUCCUUAAUGCAGUUACUGAUUUAGUUUUCAAGUUAAAGUUUUAUUUGAUCACUUAUUUAUGUGAUUCUGCUUCAUACAAUUUGUUCCCAGGAAAUUUCAGGGAAGAUUUUGAAUAUUCCAAAGCAUUAUGGGAAAGUGUUUUCCAAAAUGAGCAGGAAUGGCCGUCGUGUUGGCUAAACUGUUAAAGUGAUGAAAUAGAAUUGAUGUCUCAAUAAUGUUUGUUGAAGAAACUGAAUUACUUUCACAACAUAAACAGUAUUGCCUCAAGAUUGUAGUUGAACAAACAAUUUGAAUAGGGCCAGGACCCUGAGAGUACAUCCUGAACUGCAUGAGCAAUAAACCAACCAACAUGGCUUCUUCUCAAAAUGUCAUGUGAAUUGAUGUAAAACAAAAAUCUCUGGUGAAAUAUGUAUAUGUUUCGCAGUUACAAAUGAACAAUGUUUUGAUAUUAAAUCCUGUUAAAUAUGAUUAGUGCUAGUUUAAAUGAAACAUGAUAAAAAGAAGAAAAAUUUGUCUCAACUUUACCUCGAAUGUCGGAACUACUGGAUUUUUUUUUAUAUACCAUGUAUACGUAUUUUGACUUGCACAGUUAAGAGUUUUAAGUGUUCUAACACACAAUCUGUUUAGACUGUUUUGUCAGUGUACACCACUAAUUUUAUUGUAUUCAUUACGUGAACUUGUGAUUUCAAUUUUAAUUGCACGUUUCAUUGGUAUACAUAAAGGGCCAUUGUUUUAUUUAUUCUUAUUUAUAUUUAUGUUACAAUCAUUUUAGUUGAUGUUUGUUUGCAAGUUACAUUCAACAUUCCAUGUAUCUGUAGUUAGUAAGAGUUUAUGUUAAAUAUUUUAGUUGUUUGUAGUUUGGAUGUGACAUGGGACCUUAGGGGUCACUGUAUGUGUAUUCUCUUAUCUAUCUAGUAGUUGUAUUGUGGGAUAAAGUAAAAUACUGCGGAAUCAGAUAUUUUUCGUGGGGCCAACAUUUUAUAGUUUCUUGAAAAAAGCCCAUCAUUUUGUGUGUUCUUAAGUUUUUGGAUUACAAGUACCCACUCAAAUGCAGAAUUGCUUUAAGUCAAACUUGUAAUAACUUACUGAACCAAAUGAAUUAGUGGAUGAAGAUAACCCAGGAAAUUAAUGAAAUUAAAAACCCCACAAAAAUUUGUGAUUUUACAGCAUCUAUCAUUUGGACCUUACAUAAUAGUAUCCUCCUGCCUAGAAUCUCAUAAUCAUGUUGGUUCAUUUGUGCCCAUGUCAGUUUUGACCUUAAAUAUUCAAUAUUCUGUCAGUAGUAUUGAACUCAUGACUAGAUAUCAGCUUAACAUCAAUUUUGAUGUUACAAUAGAUAUUUGAAAAAUAAAUUUUGUGCGUCAUGCCAUGAUCAAAUCACAAUAAACAUACAACAGUUGACCCAGUCCUUUAAUGACCAAUGACGACAUAUGUCAGGUUUUGAAGCAAUCUGUUGAAUAGCACAUAACGUUAUUUAUUUGGCAAUAAGCCCACCCAUGUCAAUUACAGUUCAGUAGAAAUACUUACAAUGAAAUUUAUUGUCCUGCAAUAGGCCAACCUUGAAGAGGUUAUGUGCCCCCCCCCCCCCC